CGCGUCUCGGCCCAGUGAGCAGGAGAGGGUCUUCUGCAUGCCUACCCGGGAGGUCCAAGACCCUCAUGCGGGACCAGGGUCAGACAGAGGUGGUCCUUGGGCGAGGGGCCGUGAUGGGACGAGCCCUGAGCAUGCUGCUGUUCAUUGUGAUUCAGCCCUUACUUAAAGGAAAGCUACCCCCUCCAAGGAAUGUCUCACUAAUUUCUGAAAACUUCAACUACUUUUUGCUGUGGGAAUCAGACCUAUCUGCUGGAAAUGACGUACAUUAUGAAGCUGACAUUAUUUCAUACGGGCGACGAAACAUGACUAAAAUGGAAGGUUCCAAGGAAAUUGUUUCCGGAUCCUCAUGGAAGUGUCAACUGCAUCUUCCAGACAUUCAUGGAUUGUAUUGGGUCAGGGUGCGAAUGGUCUGUGGAACCAGGGUAUCCAAUUGGACUCUCUCCAAUGAGUUACAGCCCUACAGAGACACAAUCUUGGGCCCUCCUCUCCUGUCUCUCAAACUCAAUAAUCUGCAACUUCAGGUGACCGUCUCCUUGCCACUCACUUCCUACCGAAGGAAAGAUGGCUCUUUCAAGUCAGUUGAGGAUGUGAAAGUGAAUGUGGAGUACAAAGUGGUGCUCUGUGAGGUGGACACCUUGAUCUGCACGACCAAGACCUGCAAACACAAUGCGAAAAUCACUUGCUUCGAGUUUAACUUCCUGAGACCCAACUGUCUGUACUGUAUUAGCAGCAGAGUGGAAGGCCACCAAAGCAAAGAGGCUAAACUCUGCAUCAGGACUCAAUUCAAGCCAAUAGGCUUGGAAUGGCUUGUCAUAAUUGUACUGACGAUCCUGGUAGUGGUGGUGCUGUUGGGGUGGAUCAUCUUCUUCUUCCUCAAGCGCUAUGUGCAUCCAUGCCGAGCCGAAGCCGAGAUUCCCAGAAUAUUGGCAACUUUCAAAGAAGAACUAAAUGCAGACCUGCCCUAUGAGGAACCUGAAGUAGAAGCGAAUUCAAUUUUUCUGCUCUCUCCAAUUGAGAUCAUCUCGGCCAGAGAAGGUACAACCAAGCGACCAAGUUCCCCAACCCAGGAGCUCUCAGGAAUCUACAAGGCCGACGAUGGGGCUGAAGACUAUCAGAAUAAUGGGGUCGAUCCAGGCUACUCGGAGGCCUCUUCCAGGAAGACGGAUAGCUCAGAAGCUCUAGAUUUUGAAGCUUCCCUGGAGGCACCAAACUCGGCAAUCAGUGGCCAUCUUAGGCAUUUCCAUUGUUUUUCCCCACAGCAGUGUCCAGUCAGGGAAGCGAACAGCCUCCACCCGUGGGCCAGACCCCUAGACGUGACGACGAAAGAGGCCUCCAGAGAUGAAAGGGAUCACUGGGCCGAACCAACCUGGCGUAAUAUCCCUCUGGCUUCUGUGAAAUUGCAAGGAGGUCAGGAGGCUGGCGACUGCCUUGGGCCUCUGAGAAAACUGUGUGAGACUGAGGCUAAUGGGUCCGUGUCAACCCAGGAAAGCUUAGAAGCUGUGGAACAGGACCCUAGCAAGUCACUACCCGCGGGCUGUGACCAGCCUGGCCUGCCAAAUUUGCCAAGUAAUCCCAUAGCCAGAUCAGCCCCAAAUGGCUGCAAGGCUGAAAUACUGGCUCCCUCCAGCUAUCAUCCUCACUAUCUCCCCUUACUGAACAGGAAAGAUUCAGGUUCAGGGGCUAAAGGGAGGCUAUGCUUUGCCUAAUAUGAUAUAUUCAUCCCCCUGGCUCUGAAGUCCAUCUCCCCCCACUAUAAGCUCACUGUGGGCAGGGAAUUUAUCUGUUUAUUGCUGUG